AUGCCAAAGAAAAAAACCCCAGACGGUGAAGUGAGAGAUCUUAUAUCGUAUAUAAAAGGGGAAAAAAGAAUGCAAACAGAUGAAUCGAGUGAAUACUAUGAAAGAGAGCACUUCGAAAGAGAAGAAGAUGAUUCACCAAAGUCAUACUUUAAAGAUGAAUUACCAAAUAACGAGUUUUUAGUAAAAGAGGACGGAAAUAUUGAAACAAUGGUGGAUUAUCAACGUUUUAUCAGUAAAUGUAUUUAUUAUGAGAUUGGGCUCGAUGGUCAUAUUGGUUCUAAUGCAAAGAUUGAAAAUGAAGAAGAAGGAAGAUUCUCGACGAAUGUUGUUAUUGAUGGACAAAUUAAAAAAGCUUUAGGGUUUAAUGGACGUCCUUUCGAAUCAACUAACCAAGCUUUCUUUUUAGUAACAGAUGGUGAAUUUAGAUGCUGUAAGAUCGAGAGUUAUGAUUUUGGUGAUGAUGUUUUGGAGGUCAAGGCUACAUUGUUUCCAUGGGAGGAAAGCUCAGCUUUCAAAGAAAUGGUGCAAAAUUAUCAAGGUUCAAAAUUUCGUAUUGUUCCUUGCCCAAACUCUCUUAAUGUUGCAAUAUUCCGUUUAAGAGAUCUUCCAUAUUCAAAAUUCCAAAAUUUGUUUCUUAGUAAACCGUUAGCAAUUAAAGAAGCUAGUGAUGAAGCACCAAAAGAGAAACCUUUAUUGGUUGAUCCAGCUUUCAAAAAUUUAAAUGAUUCACAACAACGGUUUAUUAAAAGUGCACUAUCGAAUCCGUUGACUGUGCUUAGGGGACCUCCAGGAACUGGUAAGACUGAAACCAUUUUCCAGUUCAUUAUAAACUAUCUUGAAAGGGCCAGAUCUAAUGAAUUAUUCGAGAGAUACGAGUUACCAAACGUGGCAGUCAAAGAGAAUGGGGUCAAAAAGAAGGAUUUAAAACCAAGAGUGUUAGUUGUUGCAGGGUCAAAUGUUGCAGUUGAUAAUAUUCUUGCCAAACUGAUUAAACUUAACAAAAUCGCACCAUUAAGAAUCCUAUCUUCUGCUCAAAAGGAUGGCUAUGAUAGAGAGAGUGAGUUUGGUCCCUAUUGCUUGCACAAUAUUGUCUUGAGUCAAUAUAUUGAAGAGAAUCCAGAUCAACUUGGUGUUGGAUUUUCAGGAGUUCAAGAUCCAGAAAAAUUUGCAGAUAAUUUGAUGGGUGAUUCAUCAAAUUGGAAAUUAGCAAAGAAGAGUCUGGAGGUUGUAUUGAAUGCAGAGGUUAUUUUAACAACAACAUAUAUUUCAGCUAGUGCUCUAUUGAAGAAAGUUAAUAUAGAUUGCAUAAUUAUGGAUGAAAGUUCUCAAGUUUCUGAAAUUGAUUCAAUUUUACCAUUAGCAAGGGAAGAAAUUAAAAAAGUUGUAUUGGUUGGUGAUGAGAAUCAAUUACAACCAUUUGCUGGGAACAGUGAUGCUACAAAAAGCUCUCUUUUUGACCAAAUAAUUCAAAGUGAAGAAACAUUUGGACAAUGGAUACAAAUGUUGGACACACAGUAUAGAAUGCAUCCAGCAAUUUCAGCAUUUUCUAUUGAAAAAAUUUAUGAGAAUAAGUUAAAAGAUGGUGUUGAUGCUAAUGAUCGUAUUCUUGAUAAUGGACCAGGUCCUUUAGUGUUUGUUGAUUAUUGGUCAAAGUAUCAAGUAAUACCAGAGUUAAAAGAAAUGAAAAAUGGAAAAUCAUUUCUGAACCGUGGAGAGGCUAAACUCAUUGUGGAAAUUAUUAAGAAAUUGAUGUACAGCACAUCAUUGAAGUUGAAUGAAAUCGGUAUUGUGACACCAUAUGCUGCACAGAAAGACCACAUUGCCCAUGUAUUGGGAAAGGACAGAUUGAUUAAUCCUAGAGGGGAUAGAGCGUUAGGUGAUUUUGCUAGUAGUGAAGGGUUCGUCAGAAAAAGAAAAGAAACAAUGAAAGUUGUUAACGGUAUUAUGAUUGGAUCGAUUGAUGUGUUCCAAGGUCAUGAAAAACCUGUCAUUAUUUUUUCAACUGUUCGUUCAAAUGAUGACGGUGAAACUGGGUUCUUGAAAAGUAAAAGAAGACUAAAUGUUGGUAUAACCAGGGCACAAUAUUCUUUAAUUAUGGUUGGUAACUACAAAUGUUUACAAGAUUCUGAUCCAUUUUUGGACGAUAUGCUUCGCCACUUCGAGACACGGGGAAGGAUAAUUGAAACUGAUGAAUUUCUGAAAGAGAAGUGGACGAAUGAUGGUGGUGAUACUACUGCUUCUAGUGCUGCAACUGGCAUUUCAUGA